GGGCGGGGAGUGGCGGGCAUGGCGGCCAUACGGAGAAGCGUGGUGUCCCCCUCUGGCCGGCACACCGCCUCCCUCAUCUUCCUGCACGGCUCAGGUGGCGGCUCAGGGCCGGGGCGCGGGGCAGGGGCUCGCUGCCUGUUGGGAAGGGCGGGGAGAGCCUCCCUCUGCCGCGGGGUUCUGCCGGGAGUGUGGCGGCCCUUUCCGGCGGGGCAGCUGCCAGGCACGGCGGGGCUGAGAAGAAGGAAAUCCGGCUUUGGGUGCCUCGUGCCCCGCGACUUUAGCUUCUCCUUCCCGUCCCGGGUGCUAGUGUGGGGCUGACCCCACGUGGGGGGUGGGUUUCGUGUUUGGGCUUUCCAAAUUUCCCAUUUGUCUGGGUCACUUAUGGUGUGCGGUUCUGUGCUAUACCAGCUCGGCUCACUUUGCCUGGAAGCUGUGCUCCCGUUAGUUUGGUACUGUUAUUUCUGAGAGUAGCCGUGUGUGAAGGACCUCACCUGGAGUACUGCAUCCAGGUGUGCAGUCCUCAGUAUAGGAGAGACGUGGACCUGUUGGCCCCUGUCCAGGGAAGGGGCCACAAAAAUGAUCCUGGGAUGGGAUACCUCCCUUACAAGAACAGGCUGAGGGAGCUGGGGCUGUUAAACCUGGAGAAGAGGGGGAUCCAGGAGACCUGAGAGCGGCUUUUCAGUACCUAAAGGGCGGCUGUAAGAAAGAAGGGGACAAACUCUUCAUCAGGAGUCUGUUAAGACAGGACAAGGGGAAAUGGAUUUUGAAAACUAAAAGAGGGGAGAUUUAGAUUGGAGGUAAGGAAGAAGUUUUUAACAGUUGGGAUGGUAAGAGAAUGGAACGGAAUACCCAGUGAGGAGGUGAAUGCCUCGUCCCUGAAGACAUCCAGGAUCAGACUGGAUGGGGCUCUGAGCACCCUGAUCGAGCUGUGAUACUGGCCAAGGAGUAAGAACAUGGAUAAAACGAAUUUUGAAUCAAGACAUGGCUUUCCAGCAUAUAAAAGUAAUUUAUCCAACAGCUCCUGCCAGGCCUUACACACCAAUGAACGGAGCUACUUCCACUGUGUGGUUUGACAGAUAUAAAAUAUGUAAUGACUGUCCAGAACACAUUGAGAGUAUUGACUCUAUGUGCCAAGGGCUUACAGACUUGAUCAAUAAUGAGAUGAAAAAUGGCAUUACAAAGGACAGAAUACUAAUAGGAGGCUUUUCCAUGGGAGGUGGAAUGGCAAUGCAUUUAGCGUAUAGGUUUCAUCAAGAUCUGGCAGGAGUCUUUGCGCUGUCUAGUUUUCUCAAUAAAGAUUCUGCUGUAUAUGAGGCUUUGAAAAGAAAUGAAAGUGUCCUUCCAGAAUUAUUUCAGUGUCAUGGAACUGCUGAUGAACUAGUUCUGUAUUCUUGGGGUGAAGAAACCAACAAGAUGUUAAAGUCAUUGGGAGUACCAACAUCUCUUCACACUUUUCCAAACCUCAAUCAUGAGUUAAACAGAACUGAAAUAGAAGAACUAAAAACCUGGAUUCUGAAGAAGUUGCCUAUUGAAGCAGAAAAGUCGAAUGAAUAAAAGUUGUAGUUUUCAUUUA